CUAUUUCCUAUUUACCUUGUUUACGUCACUCGUACGCGCCGCCCCUUGCGUUCUGAGCCGUUUCCGGAAAGUGGAGGGAGGAGGAGCAGUCGUUCGAGAAAGGGAGAAAAUGGCGUUAUGGGUGCGAGAGUCGUUGGGUUUUGGAGUGCAUUUGGUGCCUCUGCCAGGCGGAGACCGAACGGUUCGUGACUUGCUCCGUGGCCGUUGCCAGGCACAGGGUCUUCCUGAAGAUCAUUUUUAUAUAAAGUGCAAUGGUCGUUCUGUUAAUUCUGAAGAUCUGCUACAGGAUGGAGCAAUUUACAGCCUGGAACCAAGAUUGUGUGGUGGAAAGGGAGGUUUUGGAUCUAUGCUGCGAGCACUUGGUGCUCAAAUUGAGAAAACAACCAACCGAGAAGCUUGCAGAGAUCUCAGUGGAAGAAGGCUUCGAGAUGUUAACCACGAAAAAGCAAUGGCUGAGUGGGUGAAGCAGCAAGCAGAACGUGAAGCAGACAAGGAACAAAGACGUUUGGAAAGACUGAAGCGCAAACUUGUUGAGCCGAAACACUUUUUCACAAAUCCAGACUAUCAACAGCAAUGUCAUGAGAUGGCGGAAAGGCUGGAGGAUUCUGUCUUAAAAGGCAUGCAGGCUUCUUCUGGUCCAAUGGUAUCACCAAUAAGCACUGAAAGUCGAAAGCGUCCAAAUGAGUCUGUAAAGGAAGCAAUGUCUGAGAAGAAAAGAUGUUUUUGGUUGGGUGUGGAUGGGCUGGAAGAAUCGGAUAAUUCACAAGGUAGUAGUGACAGCGAAGAUGAUGAAUCUGCUAGUACAUCAGGAAGUUGCACCACAUCAGCUGGCAGCCAAAUCAAAAUGUGUGACAGAAUAGAACUGUGUCGCAGCAGUUCAGAGGAUUCCAUGAGCUAUACUUCAGUCCUCAGUACCCCUGAGAAGCCACAAGUACAAAUGGAAGAUAAUAAAAAAGACCCAGCAGAGGAUCGACCUCUUGAUCCAGCUACAGCUAAUGAGAAACAUGAGGCUACAAAUACUCCGAAGGAAGGAGAGCAGGCAAAUUCGUCAAGUGCUCAGAAACCUGUGAACCAAUUACCAGGCACUAAGACUUCAACAGUAGAUCUUCUGUCGUUCAGUUCUGCUGCUGAAUUGGAAGCCCUGGGGCUGGACGAGCUCAAGUGUGAACUGAUGGCUUUGGGACUGAAAUGUGGGGGAACAUUACAGGAAAGAGCAGCCCGGCUUUUCUCUGUGAGAGGCUUGUCUAGAGCUCAGAUUGACCCUGCUUUGUUUGCCAAGAUCCCAAAAGUGAAAAAGAAAUAAAAAACAGUGGUGCAACAUAUUUUUAAAUCUAUACAUUUUCAUAAUUCUUCACAUUCUUCUGUUUUGUGCAGUAGUACCUUGGUUUGUGAAAUGGAUCUGUUCUACAUGACAUUACGUAGUAUGGAAAUUUCGCAAACCAAAAGGCCAAAUGCGCUACGAAACAGGCAGCGCUAUAGGCACAAUGCACCCUGGGAAAACCCUUUUGUGGUGCGAAAAAAGAGAAAACAACGUAAACCGGAGCUUUAUUUCUUAUUAUAGAUUUUGGUUCAUAAACUGAAAAUUACAUAAACUGAGGCGUUCGCAAACCGAGGUACUACUGUUUAACGAUUUCCUUUAAAAACAAAAAUGAAUCCAUGUGUUCUUUAUGGUUCUUACAAGAAUACCUUUUCUGAGUAUUCUAAAGUGAGGGUCAGAAAUUUCUGUCAGCAAACCUGUCAUCCUUUCUGGGGGUUUUUGUGGAGGUUUCAUCAGAAGACAGUAAUAGGUUACUGCCAAAAGAGAGGAAGUGUUAUGUUCAAGACUUGUUAGAAAUAAGUAGCAGACUUUAAAUGCUACAAAGUACAAAUGCCCUGUGAGUGAUUUGAGGCAGGGAGCCUUGUGAUGGACUAGAAAUGCUGUGUCUUAAUAUAGAUCUUUGUUAAAAACAAACACAAGCAGUAGAUCCUGUGUUAAAUCUUUUCAGAUUGUGAUUUAUGGUGUGAAAUACAGAUGAACAAACAAGAGGGGCUAGGCAUCAGCCUGGGGCAGUGUGACCUUCAGGCAGGUUCUGUGGUAUAGUUUGGCAGAAGCCUUUGUUUGAAUCUUUUUUUUAACAAGCUGCAGCUGAUAUUUCAAUUGCUGAUGACUCAGAAACACCUAAUUUUUAAAUAAACAUUGUGAUUUCUACAUUGAAA